AUGAAGCUGGCACGGUGCCAGGAAAGUGUUAGGGACAAAUGGAAGGAAGGAGGGUUGAGGAUAGACGAACAGAGGAAUAAAGGUAACCAGAGUUCAUCUGGAUGUCUCUGCAUUCAGGAACAAGGAGACAGGCACACUGACGAGCAUCCCAAAUCCCAGGAGUCUGAGAUCUUGCACGCCAGCACAGACCUCAACAUCCCAACAUCACGGGAGGAGCAGGAGGAGUAUCAGCGGUGGAAGAAGGAGCGUGAACAGAUCGACAGGGAGAGGGUGGCGCGCCAUAAAAACGCUACGGGUCAGUGGAGACGGGCGUGGGACGUGGACAAAACUGAGAACAUGUUUUCAGACAAAUGCCUUCCUGACAGAGACUGGGGGCCUUCAAGCAGAGGAGGUCGAAAUGCAAGAAGAGGGCAACAAAAGGCGGGCGGCGACUCCAGAGGUCAUUGGAAGAGAGGCAAAGACAAGGCAGCUAAAAAUGUGCUUGUGAUGAGCAGUAAAGCAAAAGGCAAGGAUCGUUUGACUGGGAGGGCCAGGAGAUGGCAGUCAGAUGAUGAUGGAGAGAACCGACAGGCUUCUGAUACAACACUAGAAGAGUUUCUUGAGGAACUCGAUGCCCUGACAGAUUCUAACAAAGAAGAUCUUAAAGAUCAGGAGUCUAUAGCAAAGCUGGAUUCUUUGUGUGCACCUGAAGAGGUGAGGGACCUCAAAGAAGUCAUCGUCCCUCAGAAGAAAGCACAGGCCUCGUCGCCUCGAGGGUCGGAGAAGAAAGUACGUUUCUCAGAGGAACUCGUCCAGAAUGCUCCAGCUGAGCAAACUUCUCAAGAGUCUGCUGGUGCAGAAUCCAAAGGCUCUUUGAAAGUUUCCUCACCAAAAAAAAACAAGCGUGAAGUAGAGAGGCCACAGCUUCCUGCUACAAAGCAGGAUGAAUCUCAGGGCAAAGGAGGAAGUCGUCCUGCUCUUCCUGUUGCCCAGCAGCAGGCGUCUGAAACCGAACACAAUGAAAAAGAAAGAAGCCCUCCCACAGUUCCCAGCUCCCCUCCUGCUGAAAAAGCCAGUGCCUCUUUGCAGCCUGUGUCCAAAGGCAGCAGCAACAGUACAAACACAGGGAACUUGUUUUUCUCUUCUUCCACAGAAGAACUGAUUGACUCCAGCCUGUCUGUUCUCAGGAUGGAGUCCAGAGAAACGCACCAAACACUCUCCACCAGCAAUGACAAGGCAAGAGAGCAUGGGAAGAUUGUCUGA